AUGAAUGGAAAAUUAACAAAAGAUGAUUGUGAUCAUUUAGUUCAUAAUAAGUUAAAAGAGAUUAAAAAUAAAGUUGGAGAUUUGAAAAAUGACAAAUUUAAUAUCAGCAAGUUACAUGAAAUUAAUGAAUUAUAUUCUGAAUGUAUCAAAUUAAAAGAAAAUAUCUCAAACGCAUAUUUCCAGCUCCUUAGGCACAGUUCGAUCAUUGUUUACGAUAAGAAAAUAAAAGAAAUAACAAAAGAGCUGGAUAAUUUAAAACAUGAAAUGAUUAAAAAUGAAAAUAAGAUAGAAUGUCAAAAUGUUAAUAAAAAUUUCGAUGAUAAUUUUUUUAUUCCAAAAAAUGAUUAUGUUAGUGAAGAUCCUGAACAUAAUGAGAUAAUAGACAUGCAAUUCGAUCUAAAUAAACAUAAUUUAUCUUUCCAAAAUGAUAAAAAUAUAAAAAUAAUAAGAGGAAUAGGCGAAGGCACUUAUUCGAGUUUGCUAAUAAAUAAUAUGAAUAAUUGUGAAAUUAUAAUCCUUGAUAUAUUAAGUUCUGUUUUUAUACAAAAUAUAUCAAAUUGCACUAUUUGGACCCCAGCAGUUGAGUCAUCUUUAUUAAUUUAUGAUUGUGUUGAUUGUAAUAUUUUGGUAAAUUCUAAGCAGAUAAGGAUACAUAAUACUGUUAAUACAAAUUUUUACAUAAAUUCGAUGAGCUCUCCUAUAAUUGAAAGCUCAGAAAAGCUGUUUUUUUUUCCUUAUAAUUUAAAUUUUGAUGAAUUACCAAAUUUAUUAGAAAAAAUAAAUAUAAAUAGAACUUCGAACAAAUGGAAACAAGUUUUAGAUUUUAGUUGGCAAAAUAGUCAAGACCCAUCCCCAAACUUCAGCAUUUCAAACGAAACACAAAUAUAUCAAGUAAAAUUAAAAAAAAAGGAAAAUGAUGAAUAUAAUCAAGAACAUGAAAUAAAUAAUAAAUAUAUUAUAGAAAAUUUUCCAUUAUUUUUAAAAAAAUUAGACUAA